AUGAAACAAAGAGGAAGGGAUUCAUGGCGACCAUUGCUCGUCAGCUUGGUUCUGCUUUUAUCUGCCAGAGCGACCUCGGCACAGCUGAGAUACUCAAUAUCUGAGGAACUGAAAGAUGGAAGUGUUGUUGGGAAUAUAGCGAAAGAUUUGGGAAUAGACCUGAAUGUAAUGAAGCAGAGAGGAUUCCGUAUUAUGUCUGGCACCAGUGAAGCUCUUUUUAAGGUGAAUGAGAAUGACGGCGUUCUUUAUACGAACCAGAAAAUAGACCGAGAGGAGGUGUGUAAGGAGAGCGCUGCGUGUUUGAUUAACCUUAAAACCGUUCUCGAAAACCCACUGGAAGUUCAUUAUGUCACCGUGGAGAUAACAGAUUUAAACGACCACUGCCCCACAUUUCCGGAGAAUACAAAAAGGCUCGAAAUCUUCGAGUCUGCGUUGCCAGGGGCAAAAUAUCAGCUACAGAAUGCUCACGAUCCGGAUGGUGGCACAAACUCAGUCCAGCAGUAUAAAAUCAGCCAGAACGACCAUUUUCGUUUAGAAAUUAAAGAUCGAGGACGAGAUGGCAAAACUCCAAUUUUACAAUUGCAGAGACAGCUCGACAGAGAGGCCAGAAGCAGCCAUAAAUUGCUGUUGACAGCUAUAGAUGGCGGAAAUCCACCAAAAACAGGCACAGUUGAAAUAUACAUAGAUGUUCUAGAUGUUAAUGAUAAUAUGCCGGUCUUCACAAAGGACACAUAUUCAGUGGUGCUUCAGGAGAAUUCUCCCAUUGGUACAACAGUCAUCAAAGUUAAUGCAACGGAUUUGGACGAAGGCGCCAACGGAGAAGUUGUUUAUUCAUUUGGCAGUGAUGUAAAAGAUCAAAUCCGAGAGCUUUUUGAAAUCGACUCUGUUAAAGGGGAGAUCACUGUGAAAGGUCGUGUAGACUUUGAGGAACAAGACAGUUAUGAUAUCGAUAUACAGGCGUCUGAUAAGGGAAGUAUAACAUUAAGAACAGAUAAAAGUGUUAUUAUUAAAAUUAGAGAUACAAAUGAUAACGUUCCUGAAAUUGAGGUGGCGUCAUUGUCAAAUUCGGUUUCAGAGGACGCUCGACCAGGAACAACCGUAGCGCUUAUCAGCAUUACCGAUUUGGAUUCUGGUGUAAAUGGCAAAAUAAUUAGCUCUGUCGCUGAAGACGGCCCAUUCACAUUAACUCCAUCUAUACAACACAACAUGUUUGCUGUCGUCACUAAAUCGCUGCUGGACAGGGAACAACAAUCAAGUUAUGAUAUUACAAUUAUAGCUAAAGACGCAGGCGAACCAGCCUUGACAUCCGAGAAGACUAUUAGUGUGUUUGUGUCCGAUACGAAUGACAACAGUCCUGUGUUUUCACUGAGCCCCUACACGUUCUACAUCACCGAAAAUAACACCCCGGGAGCCUCUGUGUUUUCUGUGAGAGCGUCUGAUCGCGACGAAGGUGAAAAUGCACUUAUUUCAUAUCAUAUUCUCAGGAAUGCAGGUAGUGAAAAUAGAGUGACAUCGUUUCUUAACAUCAACUCAGAGAACGGAGACAUCGUGGCGCUAAAAAGUUUUGAUUUUGAAGCAGUGAAAAAUUUCCAGUUCCACGUUGUAGGGUCAGAUUCUGGAACUCCGUCACUGAGCAGCAACGUCACAGUGAACGUGUUCAUUCUGGAUCAGAACGACAACGCUCCAGUCAUCCUGUAUCCAGUCAGCUCCAACGGUUCUGCUGCAGGUGUGGAGGAGAUUCCUCGCAAUGUGAAUCCAGGACACUUGGUGACUAAAGUCAGAGCCUAUGACGCUGAUAUAGGAUAUAACGGCUGGUUACUGUUCUCACUGCAGGAAGUUACUGACCACAGUCUCUUUGGUUUGGACCGCUAUACAGGACAAAUCAGAACACUUCGCUCAUUCACAGAGACAGACGAGGCGGAGCACAAACUGCUCAUACUGGUCAAAGACAAUGGGAACGUGUCACUCUCAGCAACAGCUACUGUCACUGUCAAAGUUGUGGAGCCCAAAGAAGCUUUUUCAGCUUCUGAUGUUAAAAGUUCGACAAAAGCAGAGGAGGACAAUAAUGUGACUUUUUACCUGAUGAUAACUGUGGGCUCAGUAUCAGCUCUUUUUCUCGUCAGUAUCAUCGUGCUGAUUUCAAUGCAGUGCUCAAAGUCCACAGACUACACUUCUAAAUAUCUACCAGAGCCUAAUUAUGAUGGGACACUGUGUCACAGCAUCCAGUACAGAUCUGGAGACAAACGCUACAUGUUAGUUGGACCCAGGAUGAGUAUAGGAUCUACUAUAGCCCCAGGAAGCCAUGCCAACACACUAAUGCUGCCUGACAGGAGAGGUACAUCUGGAGAGGUAAGAUAG